AGUGUGAGGACAGUGAUGGAGACAGAGAGAGGACAGAGGGAACAGUGAGACGGAGCGGACCGGCGGCUCGCUUUGAUCUCAGCGCUGCGGGUGUUACAGGGCGGGAACGGGAGACGGACAUGAGAUAAUCAUACACAUUACUCAGGACUAUUUUCCCGCAUUACGGUGUGUGUGUGUGUGUGUGUGUGCGUGUGUACCAUGGUGGACUCGGUGCCGGAGAUCAGGCCGCUGGAGCGCUACGAGCCGAACCGAGCCCGAACCCGGUCCAGUCUGCGCUGGCUCCUGACCAAGGCGUUCGGAUCCUCAGGUGAUGUUCCAGCAGAUCUGAGUGACUCUAUACCUGGUGAUCAGGAUGGUGAUGCUGUGGGCGUGGCUCUGGAGCGCCACCUGCUGUCCUGUGAGCUGUACUCUCAGGCAUAUCAGUCUCUCUUGCCGCGGCACACACACUCGCAGACACACUCGCACGGAGACCUGCUGCAAAUCCUCCAGCAGCACAGCGUGUCACCAGUACACACUCACACACACACACUGGUCACGGACACCGAGCUGACAAGCAACCCCAUCAACAUGGGAGCUCAUUUGGCCCUGAUCGAUUCCCUGAUGUCAUUGGCUGCCAUGGAGACGGUGGGCGUGGUCAAGAUGGCCAAGGAAGCGGAGCAGUUUGGGGAUGGAACCAGCUGGGAAAACUCGCUCCUCUUCUGGAUCAAUAAGUUGAAUCACAAGUUGAGAGAGACCACAGAGUCAGAAGAUGGACAGAAGACACAGCGAAGCACUGAUCUCCAACCUGUUCAACCAUCUUGUCCAUCACGCUGGUACUGGAAGCUGGUUCCACAUGCCAUCGCUUUUUGUUUGAAGGAGUCGGGAAAAAAACCUCCUGUGAUCCGCUACAGGAAGGACAAGGUGCAGUCCAAACAGACUCCCACUUUUUCAGUCGUGUCCGGAGUGAAAGAUCUGUCCAACGGCUGUGCCAUUGCUGCCACCAUACACUUCUACUGUCCCCAGAUUUUGGCCCUAGAGGAGGUUUGUUUGAAGGACACCAUGUCAGUAGCAGACAGCUUGUAUAAUCUACAGUUGAUCAGAGAGUUUUGCAAUGACCAUCUGCAAGGCUGCUGCCCCCUGCUGUUGGAAGACCUACUAUAUGCCCCACCCAUACUACGGAUCAAUAUCAUGUGCUUCUUGGCUGAGCUCCUGGCUGUGUUUGAAGUGAAGAAACCAGAUAUCGUCAAGCCCGUGCACACUCUUGACCUGACAGAUGCCUCAGGUUUGGAGGACUGCACCAGCCCUAUCAAUGGCAAUGGUGGAUCGCCAUUCCUGCUUAAGCAGCCCUUCUUAUCAUUGUCAUCCCCUGUAUCUUCUGGUGGAGGAACAGAGGACCGAGGCUGGGCUAAAAAACAGCUCAGUCGUCCUCUCUCUGCUGUGGCUUUUAGCAUACCUUUUCCUCUGGACAGUGACGUGGACGUUGUCAUGGGUAAUCCUCUGUUCCGCUCAGCUAGCACUGACAGUCUGACAAUGGCAACAAACUCUGCUUUGUACACUCCUCCUGAGGAUCUGAGUAAGCUGAUUGGCCAGGCACCACUAGGGGAGUUGCCUGCCAUUGAGGAGGCACUGCAAGUCAUUCACACAGUGAAAAAUGAACCGCGACAGCGUCCAGAAGGGGCCCCGGCAGGUUUUUAUCUCCACUCCCCCGAUAAUGAUAAGACUAGACUUAGUAGCUCUGCCCCAUGCCGUUCUGGAAUGAUGUACAGACCAAUCGGCAGGGAAGGAAUUAGUGCCAGAAGGCCGACAGGUUGUUCCGGAGAUUUUGAAACUCCAGAAGAUCCUGGAACACCCACCAAUGGACCUAGAGGAGGCCAAAUGACAAGUUUUGCUAAGCGCAGAAAAAGGCUUCCGGAGUCUCCAGGGGCUACCAGGGUUCUAGGAUCAGAAGAACCCUCAAGCCCAGGAAUGAUAAGCCCUGCUGGAACAGUGGAGGCUCAGGAACUAGGGGCACAACUGGAGGAAAAACGAAAAGCCAUUGAAUUACAGAAAAGGCGCAUCGAGGCGAUUUUUACCAAACAAAGACAGAGACUUGGUAAGAGCGCCUUCCUUCAACUGCAACGGCAACAAGGGGAAGGUGGGAAUGCGGUCAAAGAGGUGGCAGAUUCACUAAGUCUAGAUGAAAGGCUGACUCAAAUGGAGGAAGCACUGCAAAAGGAAGAAGAGCAGGAGAAAGAGGAUGAAAAGAGAAAGAAAGAGAAGAAAAAAGAGGAGGAAACAGUAGAGAAGAAUGGACAACAAGAUGCUAUAGCGCCACCCAAACUGGAGAAACAGGUGACAUUCUCGGUUGAGCCAAAAAAGGUACCAGAGAAAGAGCCACCAUUGGUAGAAUACAACGAAGCUGUGUCCAAGCUAACCACUGCCCUGCAGGCCCUACAGAAGGACAUGCAGCGUCUCACGGAACAGCAGCAGAAGCUGAUGGGAAAGAAAUCAUCUGCACCUUCAUCCUCCAAAACAACACCAUCUAAAUCCACCUCAUCUCCAAGCAAAGCAUGGGUAAUACCAGCAAGUCCAAAAAUCUCAGCCACACCCCCUCGUCUUUCACGUGAGUCUACGCGUGAGCUUUCACCCUCAGGGUCACCAUCACGUCAAAGUGACCUUAAAUCACCCAAAACAUCCAAACCCUCCACUCGUAAACUUUGCAACAAUUCCACCCCCCCAAGGAGCCCCAAAAGGCAACACUCCACCCGUCCGUCUGACCUCAGUUUCCAGCCCCUCACACGCAUCCUCUCACCACAACAGAAUGUUGAUACUCUACCCCACCUUCGCCGUGUCUCUCCCAGUCAGUGUCAGGUGCAGACCAACUCCUCCCUUCGAAUUGGAGGUCCACCCACACCCCAGGAGCCUGAAGCGCAACUCCAACCACAAUCGGCUCAAGAAAGUGCAGAGUCUGAGUCUGGGUCCAGCGAUGAGCACACUCCACUGUUCAACCUCGAGCUGGAGCCUGCUGACCCUGCACUGCCCCCUGCUGUGGAGUGUGCUGUGAGCGUCUGUGGUGGCAGUAGCUCUGGAGCGCCCUCUGAGUGCUCAUUUUUUAGUGACAUGCUCAUCAGCGCCUCUCAGAGGCAGGAGGAAGGAGAGACAGAUCAGGAGCAGCUUGACGUCUUCUCAUCUGACUCUAUGAGUGACCAGACAGAGACAGAAAGUAGAGCAGGGGUCAGCUUCUUCUUUAAUAAGGAGAAGGGUCUGUCAGAGGAGGAAAUGGCUCUAAAGAAAGCGUUGCUGCUAGAGCGACAGCAAAGACGAGCAGAUGAGAUUAAGAGACGGAGAGAAAGGCAGGAUCAGGAGAAUCAAGGACAUCUGUCUUCUACAGACAGUCUCCUCCCAUCUCUGAUCCCGCCCCUUUCACAGUCUUUGCCCAGUACAUCUGCCCCUCCCCUGCCACCCCAGACUUCAAACGCUCCUAGGACACCUCAAGCCACACCCCCUGGUACACCGCAAAGGCGCGGCGGGUUCACCAAGUCGGAGUAUGAGCGACGUCAUCAGUUAAAGAUAAUGGCCGACCUGGAGAAAGUCCUGAAGCAGAAACCGACACAACGCAGCCACAAGAAACAACACACACACUCACCACGCAAGGAGAAAAAAGGAGAACCGCAGAAACCUGUUCAGCCCAAUGGCCCCCUGCUUCCAGACAAACCCACCAGGUCUUCAGACUCCCCCUCUAAAUUAAUGUCCCCUGGUCGCCUGCCCAAUCAGGAAGGAGAGAAGGACUGGGAAAAUGGCUCUAAUGCUUCUUCUCCAGCAUCAAUAACAGAAUAUACUGGACCCAAACUGUUUAAAGAGCCAAGUUUCAAAUCAAACAAGUUCAUCAUCCACAAUGCUCUCUCACGCUGCUGCCUCGCAGGGAAGGUCAACGAGAGCCAGAAGAACAAAAUCGUUGAGGAAAUGGAGAAAAGCCCAGCUAACCAUUUCCUUAUCCUUCUCCGUGACUCCAACUGUCAGUUCCGAGCCAUCUACACCCUGGAUGGCCAGUCGGAGGAGAUGCAGAGACUGUGCGGCGUCGGCCCUCGUGCCAUCCCUUGCUCUUCAGUGAAGGCCAUUUACAAGUAUAACUCUGACAGAAAGCAGUUCAGCACGCUGCCCUCUCGCACUGUGAGCAUGAGUGUGGAUGCGUUUACAAUUCCGGGCCACUUGUGGCAAACCAAAAAACAAAGCACGCCCAAGAAAACAGCCACUCCCAAAUAAGGAGAUGGUGCUUCCAGAAACAACAGACGAUUCAUCGUGGGAUGUUCUUAAUGGGCCUGGAUUGUCUUAAUGGAUCUGAAUGUGUAGAGGAUAAUGAUGAACUAUGAACAAUAAUGAACAUAGAACUUUUUAUUAUCUAGCAUGUUUGGGUGAAUUGUUGCCUGAACACCAUAUAAACCAAGGGGGGCAACACCUGGUCCUCAAGAGUCACAGCCCUGCCUGUUUUCCUAGUACUUCUGCAGUACUUACUGCUGGAUCUCACUGUUUAAUCAGUCAGAAGGUCCACAUCACACCAAUCCUGUAUUCCCUCCACUGGAGUCGGUACAGUUCCGGAUUCAAUUUAAACUUUUGAUGUUUGUUUUUAAUGCAAUUAAUGGUCUGGCACCUUCCUACUUGUGUUAGACAGUGUGGUUCUGCUAACCAAAACCUGCUAGUGGUCGCUCGGUCAAGGUGCAAACAAUGGGGUGAUUGCUUCUUUGCAGUGUUCGGUCCUAAACUCUGGAACACCAUUUCACCUAAGUUACAUAACAUUACGGACCUCCCUUCGUUUAAAGCAAAACUAAAGACUCACUUAUUUAGAAUGGCUUAAAUUUUUUUUUUCAUUAUUUUUUGUAUUUUGUUUUA